AAAUAUGGCUCCGCAUCUGCUCAGCAACACGAACCUUCUUCUUGCCGAAGUUAACGAAACCCAGAAGACUCACCUAUCGCCCAAAGAAACUUAUCAAACGACACAGAUCACUCAAGCUAAACCUACUAAAAAAGAAAAAAACGUCGAUGGAUCAGAAAUAGUAUGGCUUAAUGUAUUUGUAUUUGUGGUGUUACAUUCUGCGGCUUUCUAUGGAUUGUGGUUGAUAUUGUCCCUACAAACUUCCUGGAAGACAUUUGUGUGGAGCGCAGUCUACUUAUCAUUUGCCAGUACAGGGGUGACUGGAGGAGCACAUCGUCUCUGGGCGCACAGAGCCUACAAAGCGAAACUGCCCUUCAGGAUAUGGUUGAUGUUGGGACAGACAGCAGCUCUGCAGAACGACAUCUACGAAUGGGUCAGGGAUCAUAGAGUCCAUCACAAAUUCACAGACACCAAUGCCGAUCCUCAUAACUCCAGUCGUGGAUUCUUCUUCUGUCACGUAGGAUGGCUGAUGAUGAAAAAGCAUGAAGACGUUAAGGUUAAAGGAAAGACCAUCGAUAUGAGUGACGUAGCUGCUGAUCCUGUAGUCAGGUGGCAAAGAAAAUACUAUAUCCCACUGGUAACCUUUUUAACUUUCCUAAUGCCAACCUAUGUGCCAUACUACUUCUGGAAUGAAGACUUUAUGAUGUCUUUCUUCGUGUGCAUAUUCAGAUUUGUGUUGCAAUUGAAUGGAACCUGGUCAGUCAACAGCGCUGCACACUUGUGGGGGUACAAGCCAUAUGAUGGAUCAAUCAAUCCAGUAGAAAACCGUUUCGUUUCGGCCAUCGGUUUUGGAGAAGGUUGGCACAACUACCACCACACCUUUCCCUGGGACUACAAAGCGGCCGAACUUGGCAACUACAGAAUGAACUUCACCACCGCCUUAUUGGACUUCAUGGCACACAUCGGUCAAGCAUAUGACCUGAAAACUGUCUCCGCCGAAAUGGUAAGGAAGAGGGCACACAGAACCGGUGACGGUACGUGGAAAGACGGUAAGAUCGACAUUAACGCUGGUGUAGAGAAAAACCUUGACAAAAACCAGUUCUAUGACGACUGCGUUUGGGGAUGGGACGACAAAGAUAUGGCUGAAGAUGUUAGGAAAGAUGCUAACAUUAAAAAUAAGCAAUCAUAG